AUGGCAAUUUGGGCAAUUAAGCUCGGAGCAUAUGACAUCGAGUAUAGGGCAAGACACGCAAUCAAGGGACAAAUACUCGCAGACUUCAUAACAGAAAUAAAGGAAGAAGGAAAUACAACAACCCACUCCACAUCAUUUGUAGUAACCGGAGAAGUGGAUUCUGAAACCUGGGAGUUAUACACAGACGGGGCAUCAAGUUCAGAAGGAUGCGGGGCCGGAAUAAGGCUGGUCAGCCAAGACAACCAAGAAUACACGUAUGCCUUGAAGUUUGAAUUCGAUACGACAAACAACGAAGCAGAAUAUGAAGCAUUGCUAACAGGACUAAACCUGACUAACAGUAUGAAAAUCAGAAGCAUCAAGGCUUUUGUAGAUUCCCAGCUAGUGGCGAACCAGGUGAAGGGAGUGUACGAAGCCAACGGAGAAACUAUAAAGCUAUACUUGGGGAAAACAAAGGAAUUAAUUGAGCAAUUUGGAAGUUUCAGCAUCGAGCACAUACAAAGAAACCAAAAUAAAAAAGCAGAUGCACUUAGCAAACUGGCUUCCCUAAUAUUCGCACACCUGGGGAAAAAAGUGUUCAUAGAAGUCCUCAAAGAAAGAUCUAUACACGAAAAGAAAGUAUACGACUUAGUAAAAGAAGAAAGGAAAAAUUGGAUGAACCCAAUAAUAGAAUACCUAGUCAGCGGAAUACUCCCAGAAGACGAAAACGAAGCAAGAAAAAUCAGAAUAAAGGCACCGCAAUACAAGUUGAUGGAAGGCAACCUCUACAAAAAAGCAUUCUUAAGCCCUUGGCUCCGCUGCAUAGGACCCAAACAAGCAGAGAUAAUCUUCUUUGAAAUUCUUGAAAGAAUUUGCGAAUUGCACGUAGGACCCAGGUCGGUAGCAACAAAGGCAUUACGCCUAGGGUAUUUCUGGCCAACCAUGCAUAGAGACGUAACCACAUUGUUACAAAAUUGUGAAGCAUGCCAGCUACACGCAAACGUCCCCAGGUUACCAAAGAAUGACAUGACAUCAGUAACGUCCGCGGCGCCUUUUCAGAAAUGGGGUAUCGACAUAGUGGUACCACUACCUAAGGCGUCAGGAAAGGUAAAAUUCCUAAUCGUAGCAAUUGAUUAUUUCAGCAAAGCCAGUAGCCACCAUUGA